AUGGGGGAUUACUACCACAGUGGAUGUUGCAUCUGCUGCUUGUCUAAAAAUAAGAGGAAUGCCAUCGCCAAAAAUAAGGAAAUCGACCUCGACUUUAUUGAGCAGAGGAAAAGAGAAAGAAGAGAAAUCAAAUUGCUUGUAUUAGGCUCAGCAGAAAGUGGAAAGUCAACUCUUCUGAAGCAGAUAAAAAUGAGUCAUGGAAAUGGUUAUUCAGAAGAUGAGAGGCGUGGCUUCAGUAAACUGGUGCACCAGAAUAUCUUCCUGUCUAUGAAAACAAUGACAGAUGCCAUGAGUGAGCUCAGGAUUCCUUAUACCAAUCCACAGAACCAGGUGAUUGAGACACUUAUGCUUGUUUCACCCUUGAUUUCCACUGGGCACAUGUGUGGCAUUUUUGUAGAGCCCAUUCGUCAUCUAUGGGCAGAUGAAGGCUUUAAGAACUGCUUCAAACUCUGCAAAAAGAAUCACAGACACUUGACUAGUCUAGAAUACUUUGUUGAUCGACUGGACCAGAUCACAGCCAAUAACUACAUCCCCACAAUACAAGAUAUUCUCCGUGUCCAAUCGUCCACCAAUGCCAUUGCAGAGCUGUCCAUUCCUAUGCAAAUUUUCACGUUUAGGUUUAUCAAUGUCGGUGGUCAGAGAGGACAAAGGAGGAAAUGGAUCCAUCACUUUGAAAAUGUGACAACUGUCAUAUUUGUAGCUUCUCUCAGCGAGUACGAUGAGUUUCUGGAGGAGAAUAACAAGAACCGCAUGGAGGAGAGUUUGUCUCUGUUCAAUUCUGUCACCAGCUCACCAUGGCUUGCUCAAUCCUCCAUCCUCCUCCUACUGAACAAAAAAGACUUCCUAGCCAAGAAGAUUCAGUUCUCACAUCUAAAAACGUUCUUUCCUGAAUUUACGGGUAAAAUUCAAGACGCUGACGAUGCUAUGAAGUUCAUACUAAAAUCAUAUGAACGCAACGUGACACCAGACCAAUUGAUUUACUCUCAGUUCAUUUGUGCAACGGAUUUUAUAGACACCAAAAUAUUCUUCGAUGCUGUAAAGGACACUAUUCUCAGACAGACAAUGGCCAAUUAUGAAGUAAUAUAA